AUGACUUCAAUGAAAGACAACAUAAAAGUUGAAGUCACUGGUGAUGCUGAUUCCAGUGAAAUAUAUGUUGAAAACACUAUUGAAGAUCCUGCAUUGUAUACAAUUGAAGAUAAUCGUGUUUCUUUGGUAUCUGAAAAUGUUGAGAAAGUUAUUAAGGUCGAAACUAAUGCAUUGGAUGAUUGUAUAUUUGAAAGUAAAUUCGAAAUAGUCAAAGAUGUUGCCUACCAAAGUAAUAUGGAGUUACUCUUAGAUAGUCAGGAUGUUGCAGAUAAUAGUAUUCACGUAAAUCAUGGAAAUACAAGUGAUAAAAUAUUUCUUUGUGAUAUUUGUGGAAAAAUCUUUGUUUCAAAUCAUCUUUUAAAAAAUCACUUGACCGAACACAAAAAACAAGUAAAUUAUAAUACUAAUAAAUGUAAAUUUUGUAAAAAACAGUUUAAGUUAAAGUUUGGUUUGAAUACACACAUUCAAAAACAUCACAAUUCCAUGUAUAAAUAUUCUAAGUAUAUUGAAAACAAAAAAUACGAUGAAAAAAUAGAUCAACCUAGGUUUGAUACUAUUCCUAAUAUAAAUGGAACACAAUUCUUAUCCAGAGAUAUUACAGGAAGAUAUAGUUCAGAUCAUACCAGAUUAGUGAAGAGCAAUGCAACAAUUGAAUCGACUGUUCCACACACCUAUAUCCCAAGCAAUAACAUUAUUUCAAAUCCAGAACAAACUGAAAUCUUAUUGAAUACCUUGGAAAGAAAUAGUUCAGAUCAAAUAGGUUUAGUAAGCAGAAAUUCAAUAAUUGUAUCAACUGCUUCACAAAACUCAAUUCAGUUUAAUCCUACAGAAACUGAAUCUACUGCAUCUGAUUCUGAGACAAUGCCAAGAAAACAAAAUAAAAAAAACAAAUCAAUUACAAAAACUAAUUUCUGUAAUUUAUGUAAUAGAAAAUUCACAAAACGCUGUUAUUUUACAAAUCAUAUGAUAAUGAAGCAUAAUGUAAAUACAAACAUACCCAAACAACUUACAUCGAUUGAUUAUAACAAAUCAAUCAUUCCGUCUGCAAACACAGAGAUGACUAAUGAAUACGAAAACAAAUUAUCAGUUCCAGUAAAUUACAAAAAUAACAAUCUGAACAACCAUGUUAGUAAAAGCAAUAAAAAGAAAUCAAUAAUUUGCUUGAUUUGCAACACACUUUUUGCACAUCUCGGUGCUUUAAAAAGUCACAUGCGUAUUCAUGGUAGUAAAACAUACAAAUGUCAAUAUUGCUACAUGCAAUUUGAUAAGAAAGGCAUUUGUACUAUGCAUGAGAAAACACAUUGUAAAAGUAACCUUCCAGAGUUUACAUCAAAUAAAGCUACAAAUAUUUCUACCAAAUCUGGUCGAUUCGAAUGUAAUAUAUGUAUGAAAACAUAUAGUACCUCUUAUAAUCUAAAAAAACAUAAAAAAAAUGUUCAUAAGGUGUUAGAUUCAACACCUUUAAAUUCCUAUGAUAAUACCUGUUUACAAAAGAACAAAUUAAUAGACGAAAAUCAAUAA